AUGCCAGCUGUGCAGGCGGGUAGGGUGCGGCAGAAGCUGCAGGCAGUGGAGAGUUUUGAGACGUCUCGAAACGAAAUUAUGCCACCCGUGCAGGCGGGUAGGGUGCAGCAGCAGCUACGGGCAGUGGAGAGGGAGUUGAACGCUCUAGGGGAUGCGCUCAUGGCGCUGAAAGGUGGGGAAAGCGGAGGAGCGGACACGGGUAAAGGCGCGAGCGGGAGAGGGAUUGGGAGAGGGCGUGGGAGAGGGCUUGGGAGGGGGUCUGGAGCAGGAGGAGCGGCGAAGGGGAAGAGCGCGAAGGUUACCGGAUUUGGAAUUUCUGACAGCAGCAGUGGGCAGGCUGCAAGGGAUGAGGAUGAAAUGAGGGAGAAGAAGGAAAAGAUAAAGGACACGAGCAAGGAUGAAGGUGAUGGUGCGGGUGAAGAGAAGAAGGGUGCUGAUAUUGCUACUAUUGUGGAAGGGGAUCGCGACCGUGUCGCACUCAAAAUAUCUGGCAGCCAGGCGGACGGCACAGCAAGGAGCCUAAACCUACAGGCGACCGGGACUGGCAAGAUCUCACAGGCAGACAGUACCGCUAGGAACCUCCAGCUGGCGCUGACAGAGGAGCGCGUGAAGAGCCUCCUGAAACUGCGCAGGCAGCUGCAGGCUCAGCUGGGGGAGGCUCAGAUGGGGGAGGCUCGACUGGGGGAGGCUGGGCCUGGGGGAAGGCUGGCUGGUGGCGGAGAGGGAGAGGGGAGAGGAGGUAGAGGAGGAAAGGGAGAAGGAAGGGGUCGGGUUUUGGAUGGGGGACGGGAAGGUGGAAGGGUUGUGGGGAAAGGGAAGGGCAAGGGUAAGGCGCAGAUUGGUGGAGAGUGGAGAAGUGGCGAGAGUGGAAGAGGGGAGGGGGAGGGUGCGAGGGUGGAUGAGGGGAAGAGGAAAGGGAAGGGGAAGGGGAAGGUGGAGGCUACAAUGCUGAUGGAUGACGUGGAUGAUUUUGAUUCGGCGCUGGAUGGUGCUGCUGCAACUGGAUUCGUGGAAACGGAGCGGGAUAGGCUCAUUCGUUUGGGUCUCAUCACUCCUUUCGCACAGCUCAAGGGCUUUGACAAGGCCGUUCAGAUGGUGGAGGUGGGUGUGGAUGGGGUGGAGGGUGGGGGAGGAGAAGGGAAGAUGGAGAGCUGGGAUGCUGAUGUGGAUGAUUCUGAUGUGGAUGCUGAUGAUGCUGACAUGGAUGCUGAUGAUGCUGAUGUGGAUGCUGAUGAUGAUGAUGGUGAUGUUGUAGAUGAUGAUGUUGAUACUGAUGUUGAUAGUGAUGAUGUGAUUCUAGAGGGGGGGCUACGAAUACCAGGUUUGGCCCGAGGCAACAGCCUCGUCAUCACCACAUACGAGCAGGUUCGGUUGCGGCGAGAGCUGUUCCUGGCCGUUGAUUGGGGGUACGCGAUACUCGACGAGGGCCAUCGGAUCAGGAACCCUGAUGCAGACACCACGAUUGCAUGCAAGCAGCUGCGCACGCCGCACCGCCUGCUGCUGAGCGGAUCGCCGAUUCAGAACCGGCUGGACGAGCUCUGGUCGCUCAUGGACUUUCUCCACACGCCCCACCGCCUGCUGCUGAGUGGAUCGCGGAUUCAAAACCGCCUGGCUGAGCUCUGGUCGCUCAUGGACUCUGUCUACCCUGGCAGGCUGGGCACGCUACCAGUGUUCUCAACAGAGUUUGCUCUCCCCAUUGUGAUUGGUGGAUACCUCAACGCCCAACACCCUCCUCUUUCCCCCUCCCCCCUUCUCCCACCCCAACGCCCAUUCACGGAGGUCAGGCUGGGCACGCUACCAGUGUUCUCAACAGAGUUUGCUCUCCCCAUAGCCAUUGGUGGAUACCUCAACGCCACUCCCCUGCAGGUAAGGGUGCUAGUAAGAUGGUGGGUGGAAUGA